AAGAACAAGAACAACACAAAGCCAACAAAAGAAAAAAAAACUCAAUACAAUAAAAAAAACAAAGAAACUACAAAAUACAAAUGGGGAAAGGAGGAAAUUUUGUGACGGUGGCAGCUUCAGAGGUGGAGGAGCUACGGCGGAAGAACGGAGAGAUGGAAAAAGCGGUGGAGGAAAUGAGGAGAGAGAUGUUGCAGCUGUGGCGGAGGACUCAGGUGGCUGAGGAGGCAGAGGAGCGUCUCUGCUCUCAGCUAGCCGAGCUCGAAGCUGAAUCGCUUGACCAGGCGCGUGAUUACCAAUCUCGCAUCCUCUUCCUUGUGAACGAACUCUCUCGCCUCUCUUCCUCGGAUUUGGCCUCGCCCUAGAUAGAUAGACACAUACGUAUGUAUGUGUAAGAAUAGAUUCUGUAGAGUUUUUCUUUUUCUUUAUGUUUAUAGAUCUCAAAUUUCUGCUUGGAAAAUUUAGUGUAAACAAAACCGAUGUAGUUUAAAAAAAAAGGAAUGAAAGUCUUUGAAGGUUAAAGCAUUGUCUUAAUUUUAAUUUUAAAUAUAGAAAAGUACUUUGACC